AUGCCUGUCUACAAUACUGACUCGACUGAAGGGCUUAGGAAUGCCAUUUUCGACUUCAUUAUCAUCGGCGGAGGCACCGCCGGCCUGGUCGCCGCCAACCGGCUGACCGAGCGAUCCGAUAUACGCGUCCUGGUCCUCGAAGCCGGCACCAACCGACUCGGCGAUCCUCACACUCAAAUCCCAGCCCUGGGGCCGACAACAUACGCAGACCAAGACUUUGACUGGGAUCUACCAACCUUACCCCAGGAACAACUACAUAACCGCUGCUUGUUUGGGACCAAGGGCCGCACGCUCGGAGGGUCCUCUGUCAUCAACCAGGGGUUGGUAGUCUACCCGUCGCAGGCUGGGAUGAAUACCUGGGAACAGCUGGGCAAUCCUGGUUGGGGUUGGGAUGACUUCGCGCCAUACCUACGCAAGUUUGAAACUGCUUUCGGGCCUUCAGAGUCAGUGCGCGACUAUUUUCCGGGCAUGCAGUAUGAUCCGGAAGCGCACGGCCAAUCCGGGCCGCUGCAAGUAUCCUUCGCAAGUCAGUACAUGCCCGUCCAUGCAGCAUGCUGGCAGGGUUUCCGCGAAAUGGGAUAUCCAGCGAGCGCAGAUCCUAUCAACGGGAGAGGCCUCGGGCCGUUUGUGGCAGCCGGUGCGGUGGAUCCGGCUCAGCAUACGCGCAGUCAUGCCGGCGCAGCGUAUCUGCCGGAUUCUGUGCAGCGAAGACCGAAUCUGAGGGUCGUAACAGGGAUCCAGGUAGAUCGGCUAGGCCUUGAGCAAGACGAGUCCACCAAGAUCGUCCGGGCUAUGGCCGUCGAAGUAUCGCACGACAACCAGACGUACCAGAUCCGCGUCAAAAAUGAGGUAAUUCUGGCGGCAGGCGCAGUCCAGACACCGCAACUCCUCGAACUGUCCGGCAUAGGAGACGGCCCCUUGCUUCGAGCCCACGGCAUCAACCCGAUCAUCCAAAAUCCCGGAGUGGGUGAGAACCUGCAAGACCACGGCAUUGUCAGCUUCGGGUACGAGGUCGCAGACGGGGUGUCAUCAUUCGACGAGAUGGCGCAUAACCCAAAUGCAGCUGCCGCUGCCAUGGCCGCGUAUCAGCAGGACGGCUCCGGUCCACUAGGCAUGGUGCCGUACAUCUGCGCCAACAUGCCGUGCGUCGAUCUGCAGCCCACGGAGCGAGACAAUCUUCUGGGCAAGAUUGACGGAGCUUCUGGACCCAGCCCGAAACAAGCGCAGGUCCUGCGGCAACUCCUCCAAGACCCAGACGAGCCCACCUCGCAGUACACGCUGUUGCCCUUCCAACUCGACCCACGCCAAGGUUCCAAGGGUAUCAAAGCCCUCAUGUCGCCCGCCCACCCUCGGAAUUUCAUCACGCUCGUCUCGACGCUAUGCUAUCCGCUGUCGCGGGGGUCGGUGCAUAUCCGCUCCUCAAACCCCCGGCAUCACCCGGCUCUUGACCAUGGGAUCCUCCGCCACCCCGUGGAUCUUGAGCUGCAUGCCCGCCACGCGAUGUGGAUGGAGCAAUUGGCCGCGACGCCGCCAAUGACUGCGGUGCUCAAGGAAAACGGCGUCCGGCUGCAUAGCCCCGAGCCCAUUACCGAUCUAGAGCAUGCUAAGAAAGUGACAAAGGAGUUGUUACUUUCCACAUUCCAUCUGGCGGGGACGUGUGCCAUGACGCCGCGUGAGGACGGGGGCGUGGUCGAUCCUCGCCUGUGCGUGUACGGUACCACGAACGUUCGUGUAGUCGAUGCCAGUAUCUUCCCGUUGGUGCCGCGCGGGAAUAUCCAGGCGACUGUGUUCGCCGUCGCGGAGAAGGCUGCUGAUCUGAUCAAGGAGGACCUCGACGGUAAGCAGGACAAGAUCUAG